AACUGUAAGAGAGAAAAAAAAAACAAUCCGAGCGGAGACGUAUGCAAUAUGAGAAAUAAGGCUUCUUACGAUCCAUUUCAUUUCUAAGGGCGGAAAGCGGUGUUGAUUUUCCUUACCCGCCGGAGGCGAAUCGAUGCAAUUUGAUAUUUAAUUACGUAUUUAUAUAUGUCGUAUUAGCAAAGCUCUUUCUUGCUUUCCCACAACCAUCAUCAUCAUCCCCUAUCCUCCUCGUAACCUAUACGAAAAUGCGUCUUUUGGCAGCAUCUACCGCUCUUUUUGCCGCCUUUGUUGGGUUGGCAAAUGCUCAAGUAUCUGACACUUCUGGCUUGACGGCUGAUUCUCAUUGCGGUGAAGGCUAUUGCGUUACAGGUAUAUAUGAUUCAAAAUCAAAGAUGGCAAACUAUACCCUCGUUGUUCCACAAGGUGGCGCUCCUUUGGGUUGGUAUGCUAUCGGUCAAGGUACACAAAUGGCCGGAGCAAAUAUGGCAAUCAACUGGGUAAAUUCAGAUAUGACAGUCACAACUUCACAUAGAAGUACAGGAGGUGAAUAUCAACCUUUAGUCAGUGCGGUUACCGUUCAAGCAUUCAGUACAAAUUCCGACGCUUCUAGAACCAAAACAGGUCAAACGACUUGGUCAUGGAAUAUGCCUCUUCCUACCCAAUACCCACAAAAUGCAGUUCAACACAUCUUUGCUGUUGCUUCCGUUUCUCCUUCUUCUUCUGCGGUUAACACAAAUUUGGUAAAGCAUUAUCGUAAUGAGCAAGGUAUCGUCUUGGAUUUCACAAAGCCAUACACUGGUGCAUCACCAGCAGGAGUUGCAGGAUCAACACAAUCCACCAGCACCACAAUGUCCAUGACAGGACAACGUGAUUUGGGUAACAACACAACAAGAAUCUUUUUGGUUCACAUGAUUUUCAUGAUCCUUGGUUGGCAAUUGUUAUUCCCAAUCGGUAUUUUGCUCGCUCGUUAUGGUCGUACAUUCUUUACUUGGUUCCCAUACCAUCGUGCAGUUAUGUGGGCCGGUUUCUUGCUCGUAUUUAUCGCUUUCUUCUUGGCCAUCUCCGGUGUUGCAACAGAAGGUGGACCGCAUUUCAGCAAUACACACGAAAAGUUAGGAUUAGCAUUAUUCAUUCUUGUUAUCGUUCAAAUCGUUUUUGGUGCCGCUUCUCACGAACUCAAAAAACGCAAAGGAUUACGUUAUAUCGGUUUCGUUCAUAUUCCAUUCGGUUUAAUCUUAUACGGUCUCAGUGUUUGGCAAAUCCAUGAAGGUUUCUCAGUUUGGCAAUGGAAUCCACCAGCCUAUGCAAGUUACAUCAUUUAUGCUUGGGCAGGUCUCAUGGGCUUGUUGUACUUUGUUGGAUUUAUCUUCUUACGAAAAGAACUCAAACAAUACAAAGAAGAAAAGGUUGCCAAAGAUCAAAUUUCAUCUGAUGAUGGUCAAAAGGCCGCUGGAUCGGUUUAAUGCUGUUGAACGCUUAUUCCUUUUUUCUUGCCACUUCUUGUAUAUAAAUCUCAAACUAAACUUAUUCUUGUUUAGUUAUAUAUAAAUCUAUAUAUCCCCCAAUGUGAUGACCCAUUGAUUCAACUUCUUUUCACCAUGACGACUGACUUGAUGUGUGAGUACGCGCACGUGCAAUUCAAAAUUUC